CUGACUCCAGCGUCCUUCUUAUAGAGAUUUAAGAACAAUAUAUAUUUGUGUGUUAAUACUGCACUGGAUGGAACUUCAAAUGUUGACUUGUAAAAGGUCUACAUGUGACCACCCCCAAGACAAUGAGCCAUGGUCAAAAACAAGGAAAUGUUUGUCGGACAGAGUUGUAACACAAAGGGUCAAUUUUAGUGAUCCAAACACUCCGCAGGACUAUAGUGCAAAAGACUUGGAUGAAAUUGGCGAGUUUACUCAGUUGAUUUCUGUCUGGUCUGACACCCGGAGCAUUGGGAGGCGAGUCCUACUUCAUCACCUAUCCAAAGAAACUAUUGAGGACAUUUUGCUCAAUGAUUCUGUCAACAAGAAAUUUCAGGAGUUUCACCGCGAUAUCACAGAAGAAUGUGGUGCCGAAGAUAAGCAGCAUUCUUGGGCUGUUAUUGAGAAAAAGGAAGAAGUUGUUAUGUAUGGACCCUAUUAUCCGAAUUAUAACAAAGGAAAGCAUAGCGAAGACAUCAUCAUUAGACAAACUGAAGAAUUGCUGGAAUCUAAUGUGACAUGUGAAGACUGGACGGUUUAUGUAUUUACAAUGAACAGUCCAUGUCUUUCCAGAAAUGCAGAACCUCCAUGUAUGCUCAAAUUGGUCCAAAAAGCCAAAGAAUGGUGGCUGAGGUUUGGAGUAAAUACCAAUAUCGGAUAUAACAAAUGCUGGGGUUUUAAAGGAACCAAAGAAACUAUAUUUAGAGGUGUCAACUACAGUCAAGUCGAAGCUGUGCAUAAAAGUGAAAACUAUGAGGAAUACAUAUCUCAAAAGCUGACUGGGGUAAAUAUAUUAUGUAAAAAUGUGUAUACACUACUCAGAAAUCUCCUCAAAUGUGGACCAUUCAUUUUUGAUUUGUCGCUACAAGGCCUAGAGUGGAAGAGUUACUUCAAAGGAAUGCUAACAAUUCCAGAAAAUGCACAAGAAAAUGAGAAAGAAUUCUUGAAACGUGAAACAAGCCGAAUGACUGAAGAGGUUAAGUCUCUAUCUACAGAAACAUGUAUGAGUGCAGGAGAACAUUCAAAGAGAGGACAAGCAUUUGCACUGGAUUAUAAAUUUGAUUUGCAAAUAACUACAGGCACAAAAGAGAAAAUGAGACUAGUAUUUCAAAAGUGUUGGAAGGAAAUGGUACAGGAUAAAUAUGCAGAAAUAUUAAGGGACAUACUGACAGAAGAUUUCAACAAAUGUACCAAUCAGCUUUUCAUCAAAGACUUUGUACAGGUGACCUCUUCAUUUUUACACAUUGGAAGGAUUGAUUGUACAGAUGAGAAACAGCAAGUUACUUAAGUUUAUAUUUGACUGAGCCCUACUGUAUUCUCAGUAAUCCAGUCUUUCUCACUCCUCGUCUGCUGCUGGGACACUGCCGUUCCUUAUUGCCUCCUAAUAUCUGCUGACAAAUGCUGCAAUGAUGACCUACCAAUUUUCCUAUACAUUGG